CUUGAGUCAAGUCAACUUGUCUUUGUUCACGCGGUUGGUCCCUAUCCUCUGCGUGCUUCUUUAUAUUUACUCCGUCAAGGGAGGCAUCCAUCUCAGAAUCUCAAGCCCCCUGCAGGUUGGAUCCUUCAAGUGUUCUUCUCCAGUAGAAGCCUGGAAAGUCUGAAUUCGGAGGAACACAGAUCUGUAACUAUUUAAAUCAUCAGAAAUGGCAAGCCUCAAGGCCCAGCAGAGUAUCACAAAUACGUUACCAAAUAAACUACCAGCAAAGUUCCUGAAGCAAAUUACGAAUGAUCUAUCUCCAGAUCGGAAACUUGGUCAUUCUGUAUUUGGAACAGUUUAUAUGGGAAUUCUUCCCGAAGGGGAAAUCAUUGCUGUUAAGAAGCUCGCUGAAAACUCGCCGGUGGCACCAGGCAAAUCAUUUGACACUGAGGUUACAAAUCUUAUGGCACUUCAACAUGAAAAUAUAGUGGAGUUGGUUGGCUACUGCCAUGAAGCACAAAAGGAUGUGGUGUAUCACAAUGGAAGAUAUGUCAUUGUAGACAUCAUCGAAAGUUUUCUGUGGUAUAAAUAUUUACCUAAAGGAACUCUUGACAAGUAUAUUUAUGCUGGUACUAGUAUAAGUAACUGGGACACACGAUUCAAAAUAAUUAAGGGGGUCUGCAAGGGCCUACAGUUCCUUCAUAACAAACCGGAUGGGGCUCUUAUUCAUAUGAAUAUUCUGCCUACCUCUAUAUGGUUGGAUGAUAACUGGGUGCCGAAGAUUGCAGAUUUUGGUCUGGCGAGACUCUUUGGUCAAGAGCAGACACGAAUGAAUACAAUAAAUGUUAUUGGACAAUAUGGGUACAUGGCUCCAGAGUAUCUCUAUAGAGGUGAAAUCUCCACCAUGUCAGAUAUAUAUAGUUUAGGCAUGCUUAUUAUUGAGACCACGACUGGAGAGAAGAACUGUCCCAAUUCUGAAGACAGAUCUGCAAGGAAAUUCGUUGAGCAUGUACAUCAAAAUUGGAACACAGAUGACCAAAUAACAACCAUGUACCCAUCAUUAGAUGCAAAUGGCCUCCAGCAGGUAAAACUAUGCAUUGACAUUGGACUAAACUGCGUGGAGGUUGAUCGGAACAAGAGGCUGUCCAUAGUGGACAUUGUAAAAAGGCUCAAUGGGGAACGCGUGUAGUCUAAAUUGCAAGCAAGAUGCCCUCUUAUGUUUCAGGUCUCCCAUAGCUAGCAUGCAUGAAGCUUGAUCAUUUCAAGGAGAAAAUUGGUGUCCAAUAUUAAAUAAAGCAGACUCAAGUACCUUUAGGGUACCAUACUUUCUUCAGAAACUAUAAUCCUUUCAAUAUAACAGCAUUAUUAAACUAUUAAAUUUCAUUUUUCUGUGUGUCAACCAUGUAAGUGCUGGUCCAAGGAUCUUUUAUUUACAAUUGAGUACAAUGCUAUGUCAAGAUGUUGUUCCUUGGUUGAAUGAUAAAACGGGUUUGUCAAUCCAA